CUUUACAGCCAUUGAUUCCAAUAAGAUCUCUUUCUUCCUACCUUAAAACACCCAACUACAUGUACAUGCAUGCACCGAUAUGCAUCAACCCAUCUAAACCUCCCACCAACACAAAAUCUAAUCCACUGCUCAUCCGUAAAAUCUCGACUGGAUCCCUUCCCAAACAGACGCUUUGUUUCGAGUAACUGGGGAUUUGAAGACAUGGACAUAGAGAGAUUCCCGACCGAAAUCCUUCGUCCUAGGCCUCGGGAAAAGACAGAAGAGGAAAAGAAGAGGAGGGUAUCAACAGGAGACUUGGCAUGGAAGUCCAUCUGAAUGUGUCUCUCUGCCACCAUUGCUUAGAUUGCAAUCAAAGCCUCUUUACUGUUUCAACUUUCAGACACACAGAGAGAGAGAGAGAGAGAGAGAUGACUUUCAUGUCAAUCUUUCAGGGAAUGAAUGAGUUUUUCAAAGGCCUAAUGUCUAUUUCUUAGAACUGAUACUUAAUUUUCCACCACACCCAACUCUGAAAGCACUCUCGCAACCAGAAAAUGAGAGCUAUGGCACCUCUCCCUGAGAUCCUUCCACUCACUUGCUCCCAACAAAAACAUCUUCAGAACUAUCCCGGAGGAUUCCCUUUCGUUUGGUAGCUGAGAGUGUCAUCCGGGGCACGGUGCAGUUAGCUCCAGAGAUGGCAAAGAGGUCGGAUUUUGCGCAGAAGCUGUUGGACGAUCUCCGGUUGCGCAAGGAACGGCUUGCUGGGGCUCAGAAUUCGGGGGGAGCCCCAAAAGCAAAGACUCGAGAUGCUUAUGCCUAUCCAAAGCAGACAUUCCGGGGGUCGACCAAUCACGGAAAGGCUGCGAUGAGAGUCGACAACACUCAACGGCGGACCAAUGGAGGCACCAGAGCACUUCCAAGGGAAGAAUCAUCCGCACAGCUUGUUCCAUUUGGGAGAGGCCAGGGCUCACAGCAGAUCGGAGAUCUAUCCAUGGCCCUCGCUUUUGCUCUUGAGAACGGAGGAAAGCUGAGACAAAUCGACUCUUCAGGGAGAAGUUCAGUGCUAACUUUCCUUCCUCAGACGGGAAGAACUGGUUUGCAAAGUCAAGGGAACCGUAGCCGGACUCCGGCUAUCUCGCACCUCCAUGUCCAGGAAAUAUCGAAGGGCGCACAGAAGCUGAACCAGAUACUGAGGGCAUGCUCAAACGGAAUGAACUUCGAUCAGUACUCGAUUGAGAUUGGGAAAGAGCUUCUCAAGGGGGCCAUGGACUUGCAGGAGUCACUAAAAAUGCUCGUGAACUUGCAGCAGGCCUCCGACUUCAUGGUUCGACCACAGAGGAAGAGUCGCAUAGUAUUGCUUGAGGAUGAUAAAGAAAUAGAAGAAGAAGAGGACUCAGAUAAAGAGAUCGAAAAGAAGCAGCUCGAUCUCCUCCCUAGAUUCUCCUUUGACAAGCCAACGAGGCAGAGACAUCCUCAGAAACAGCAGAGGUUACCUGCUGUUGUUUACCCUUCAGAAACCUUAAACUCAGUUGCAGCUCACAAGCGAUCGACGAGUUACAGGAAUGAGACUGGGGCCCCUCCCUCGCUCCAAGAAAAGAAAAAUGCGUCUAAUCCAUUGAACAGGAAGGUGGAAAAGGGGAGGAUGUCGAACCUUAUUGCUAAACUAAUGGGGCUCGAAGAAGUUCCCGGAAAGACAGGCUCAGAGAGGGAUCAGGGUAAAGCCAGUGAAACUAAGAGUAAAGGGAAGGUUGGUCCAGUGGUUCCACCUAUUAAACCCGACAUAGCAAAGCCCAACAUAGCAAAAUCCGGCAAGAAUAAUCCAAUGACUCCAAAUGAUGCAGUUAGUUUCGUAUUGCAAGCAGAGAAAAAUUUUGCUAGUCGCACUGCGAGGAAUGCUGCUGCCAAAUUUCAAGAAAAACCACCAUGGAAGCACCCUGAGAGUGCCAAAGCAAUGAUGGCAAUGGAUCGGGCAUUUAUAAGCCAAUUGAGAAAACAAGUCGGGGAUCAAAAUGGUGAGCUGAAUAACAGAAGAGGAACCGACGAGAUUGAAACGAGACUUGCGAUACAAGAAAAAGUGGAAGUGAAGGAAAAAAAGACUCUGACAGAUAUGAGAAAUCAGAACAGGAUGCGAACUGAUGUUCAGUUCGGGCAGUCAUAUGUUUCGCGAAACAGUGAAAGUCCAAAGGAAAAACAGCCGGAGUCGGAGAAAAAGCAGCAGCAGACGGUGAGGCAGAAGAAAGGCAACGAGCCAAUCUCGAGAGCUCCAUUGCAGAGGGCACGUCCAAAUACAAACCAACUGAAGCCUAAGAAGUAUGUUCCUAAUGAAGCGGUUCAUCUAAAGCCAUCGAAGGAAAUUCCACAUGGCCAGCAAGGUCCCCGAGGAGGAAAACUUACAGAACAGGAUAAAACCGAGACUCCGAAGAUCAGCAGACUGAAGAAAACACGCGGGACCACUUUAGAAGAUGUGGCAAAGCCGUUGCCUUACAGAUCUGCUUCUCAAGAAGCUAAGCAGUUGAACAGAGGAGAAGCUAACACGGUUAGACUGGCAAAAAUGGAAGUCACCACAGAAGUGAUGAGCAAUGUCGGGAAAGGGCCCAAAAGAGAAGGCGAAGUGGUUACUCCUGCUAGUCGUCUCAACUCCGAAGAGUCCCAAGGCAUGAAGAAAAGGCCAAGUCUAGCUUCUGAGGACACGGGCCGGAGUGUAUUGUCCCCUGUCACAAAUGAUUGGCAUAGUGCAGUUGUCCUUAAUGUAGAUGAAAAGCUAGGAUCAGCAAAAGCCAUCCCUAACCCGUCUAAUGGAACCAUAACAGACACCAGAAGUUUAUCGUUUUCGCACCCACUCGACAAAGAGAACAUGCCGGUGCCAGAACUUCAGGAGCCGCUCACAGAAUCUGGAACCCAACUUAAACGCGUAUUAAUGAAAAGCCGACUCUUCCUUAACACGGCAGAGGCUCUCCUGAAGCUCAACAUUCCCAUCAGCAUCCUCAAUGUGAGUGGUCAAGAUUAUCCUCGCGAAGAUGAUGAUGACAAUCUCGCCUUGGACUGCGCCUUCGAGGUCAUAAAAAGAAAGGGCAAGAGGCUAGAGCUUGCAGUCCAUCCCUUAACCAGGAAGGCAGCAGGGAUCAGCUACAUGACGAUCAUGAACUUCGACGACGUGGUCAGGCAGUUGGAUAAGAGCUUCGAGGGGUUGAGAUCUCACGGCAGGAAUGGAUGGCACGACUGUGAAGUCGAGGACUACUUGCCCCGAAUGCUGGAGCUCGACAUCCAUGCGAGGGACCCAGAGACUGACUGUAUGUGGGAUUUGGGCUGGGAUGGUCCAACAUUUGCAAUUCUCGAGAAGGAUGAGGUCGUGAAGGAUGUGGAGAAGCUGGUAAUCAGCGGCCUCAUUGAUGAGAUGGCUAGAGAUCUCUUGCAUAAAUAGGAUAUUCGAGAUAACAUUUUGCGAUUGCUCCGAGAAGUUGUCUUUGGAUUCGAAGUCGAUCAUGUUAUUUUAUGAACACUAUGAUAUCGUCAAAUAUGUUUCGGUAUGUAUCAGAUGGAAGGAAAUUCAUGUGGCUGUAAUGUAAGUAAGCAGUUUUGGCUGUCUGCAGAUUAAUUUGCAGUUUGUGUUCAUAAACUCUGUCUGUAAGUGAAAUUCAAAUUUUCAAUAUAGUUUUUUUUUUGGGGGUAAA